AUGAAAUGGAAAAAUGAUGCAAAUCGUUUAACAGAAGUAAAAAUUCCCCGACAGAUGAUGCUUAAUAUUGAUUCUGAAUUGAAAUUAUCCUUUCAUAUAUUUUGUGAUGCAUCCCGAAUGGCAUAUGCAACCUGCUUUUAUUUAAGAAAUGAAAAUGAAAAUGAAGUUUCUUGUCGUUUAGUUCAAGCACGAUCUAGAGUUGCUCCUCUAAAACCCACAUCAGUUUGUAGACUAGAAUUAUUAGCUAGUGUUGUUGGUGCAAGAUUAAUGAAAUCUAUAAAACAAGAUUUGAAGGAAGAAAAUAUGCCUACGUUUUAUUAUUGGACAGAUUCAAGGAACACAUUGUACUGGAUUAAGAAUGAAGAAAAUUGGGGUGUAUUUGUUAUGAAUAGAGUGAAAGAAAUAUGA